UUGUUCUAUCUGUGCCACCACCGUAAUUCUGAGUCGUAGGCUAUGAAACAGGAAACGCACUGGAUAUGGUACAGUAUUUGUAUAAUAUCAAUCGUUUUGCAUUGCUCGGACAGCAAUAACGAACGAAUGCAGACAGACAGGUGAGACUGAGUGCAGCGAUGAUUCACGAAGGAAAUAUCCGGACUACUUAUAUCCUCUUCAUCUGAUGUUGAUGCUAUUAACGUCACUGGCGUGAUUUUCAAACUGAAUGAUAGAAGAACGCAGUAAACGAGGCAAGGCCAUGGUGGAGAGGAGACAACUCUUCAUGGAGAUGAGGGGACAAAACUUUGACGUCAUCAGACUGUCAACCUAUAGGACGGCCUGCAAGCUAAGAUUCGUGCAGAAAAGAUGCAACCUGCACCUGGUGGAUGUGUGGAACAUGAUCGAGGCGUUCCGUGACAGCGGUUUGAACACACUGGACCACAACGCAGAGAUUAACGUGUCUAGACUGGAGACCAUCUUGUCCUCCAUCUACUACCAGCUCAACAAGCGUCUUCCCACCGUGCACCAGAUCAACGUAGAGCAGUCCAUCAGUCUGCUCCUCAACUUCAUGGUGGCUACAUAUGACAGUGAAGGCCACGGGAAGCUGAGCAUUUUCUCGAUGAAGUCAAUGUUGGCGACUAUGUGUGGAGGGAAAAUAGUGGACAAACUACGUUGUAUCUUCUCCCAGAUCUCUGACUCUAAUGGUGUGAUGGCCUUUGCUAAGUUUGACCAGUUUCUUCGUGAAGUUCUGAAGCUGCCCACAGCUGUGUUCGAGGGCCCGUCGUUUGGAUACACAGAACACGCCGUACGGACAUGCUUCCCUCAGCAGAAGAAGAUCUUGCUGAACACGUUUUUGGACAUUUUGAUGGCAGAUCCUCCCCCCCAGUGUCUCGUGUGGCUACCUCUCAUGCACCGACUUGCUAAUGUUGAAAAUGCCUUCCAUCCCGUGGAAUGUUCUUAUUGCCGGAGUGAAAGUAUGGUGGGGUUCCGUUACCGGUGCCAACAGUGCCAUGGCUACCAACUCUGUCAAAGCUGCUUUUGGCGUGGCCAUGCCAAUGGUCCCCAUAGCAACCAGCAUCAGAUGAAGGAGCACUCCUCUUGGAAGUCUCCAGCUAAAAAGCUAAGUCACGCCAUCAGUAAGUCUCUGGGCUGUGUCCCCAUUGGAGAGCUACCUCACCCAGUGUUCCCUGAGCUGUUAGAGAAACCCCAGGACAGCGUGCCACACACUGUUCAGCCGAAGCCAGUAGCCAACAACAUGAACAACACAAUGUUCAUGUCCUCUGGUGUACCUACUCCUACUCAAAGUGUCUUAGAGAGUCCCAGCAGGCUAGAAGAGGAGCAUCGUCUCAUUGCUCGCUAUGCAGCGCGCCUUGCAGCAGAGGCAGACAACUCCACAGUGAGUUGCUCCACACAAUGUCCUCCAACCGAUCUGAGUUUCAACUUCGAUGCCAACAAACAACAGAGGCAGCUAAUAGCAGAACUAGAAAACAAAAACAGAGAGAUCCUCCAGGAGAUCCAGCGGCUACGUCUGGAGCAUGAGCAGGCCUCCCAGCCCACCCCAGAGAAGGCCCAGCAAAACCCCACACUGCUGGCUGAACUCAGGCUCCUUAGGCACAGGAAGGAUGAGCUGGAGAGGCGCAUGUCAGCCCUACAGGAGAGCAGACGGGAACUGAUGGUCCAGCUAGAGGGACUGAUGAGGUUACUGAAGGAUGAGGAGCAGAAGCAGGCAGCCCAGACAGGAGGCUCAACCCACUCCUCCCCCAGCCACGGGGCAGUCUGCUCCAUGCCCAUGCCGAUCCGCUCCACCUCAGCUGGGUCCACCCCCACCCACACACCCCAGGACUGCCUGGCCGGGUUGGGGGGCGACGUGCUGGAGGCCUUCGCUCAGGGUGUACCUAGAAAUCUUCGUAAUGAUCUGUUGGUCGCUGCAGAUUCAAUCACAAACACCAUGUCAUCACUUGUCAAAGAACUCCACUCAGUAGAUGAUGCUGCAGAGGAAGAGGACAACCAGAUGAGGAACGGAGGCCUAAGGGACAGGCGUGAGGAGGACAACCAGAUGAGGAACGGAGGCCUAAGGGACAGGCGUGAGGAGGACAACCAGAUGAGGAACGGAGGCCUAAGAGACAGGGCAGAGGAUGAGGACAACCAGGCACAGUGAGAGAUCUAAAACAUCAACAACCUCCCCAAACACCACUCCAUUGAUCUAGACAGGAUGUCAGACUGGAGAAGAAGAAUCAGAAUGAGAAUCUGCCACACCGACCAAACCCUUCUAUCAGGAAUUAGCACGUAGAGUAAUGCAUGCUGUUAUCAAACAGGAUUUCACUGUGUGAACUCAUAUUCAACAUGUUUGAUACACCUUGCUGUGGAAUGUCUGUUGGCAAGUGUAUAUAUCAUUCUGUAUAAAAACUUGAAGCUGUAAUUAUUAUGUAAUGACUGAUUCCCCCCGUCAUGACUGCAAGGGUCAAAUGUCUAAGGAAUGGCUUCCUGUGCUUUCUCUCAAUCUGUCUUGUUAAUAACAGAUCACCCUGUGUGCAUCAUAAAUGGCAGGUGCACUAUAUAGGGAAUAGGGUGCCAUUUUGUGCACUACAUAGGGAAUAGUGUUCCAUUUGGGAUGCUACCUCUAUCUGCAUAAACUGUACAUAUUAUAUAAGACCUUGGGAACACAGCACUGACCAUAACCUGAAAACAACCUAUUUUCACCAUGACAUGUUCCCCGGCCAUCAUUGCCUUUGUAUGAUUACAGAUCAUUUGCUAGUGUGCUUUCAUUAGGGGUUUUGCAGGAAGUUGCACUGUCCUGAGUCUGACUGGGUGUACUGUAGGUUGGUAGGUACCAUGUUAUCCCAACUCUUUGUGGGUUUAUCAGUGCUUCUCAACCUGCGGUCCCCGGGCCAGCACUGGUCCUUGGGGUGUUGCUGAUUGGUCCCUCAGAUAGUGAGUGGACACUGAUUUAGUUAGUUUCCAAGUGUUAGAUUAAAACUAAGUGGUCUUCAAAGGAGGAAGGAUUAUAGCUGGUCAUUGCCGGUCCCUGGUACACAAAAGGUUGAGAAACACUGGGUUACGAUGACUGCUGGGAUUUGUAGUCAUGCAUGUUGUCAUGCCUCAGAAUUCACAUUGAUUAUGUCCCAAAUGGCCCAUAGGGCUCUGGUGAAAAGUAGUGCACUAUAUAAGGAAUAGGGUGCCAUUUGUGGGACGUAACCAUUGAGUCGCAUAAUGCUGCUACUAUGUGCUCACUCUGCUGCGAGACACCCUUUUGCAAAAAUAUGAGGGUUGUUUGGUCGUAGGGAGCCUAUGGGGGCUGUUGUUUAUUUUAAUCAGGGAAAUGUCCCGUUGUUAGAAUCUGAUGAAUUCUUCUCAUAGUUAAUAUUUUAUAGAAACAAAACAAAGUGAGAGAAGCUACUAAAUGUAUUUUAAAGUGCAUUUAAAACUCUACAUGGUGUCUCGUCCCUCAUCCACUAAACUAGUCACUCAGUAGUGACCGUAUUUAUUGACCACAUGAAGCAAAGGGAGGGACAGGAACUCAGGACAUUAGUUUGAAAUGAAUAUUAUAUUGUGAUCUUUCGUUACAACAUAUUCACCUAUACACCUGUACAUAGGUGACGACAGGAGGCCGACACAGAAAGGUUGUGCACAGAUAAGACUAGCUUUGAUGGCUUAAAAGAAACGAGGACUGGAACAUGUUCAUGUGACUUGAUAGAUAGGAGUUUGGGAACUGUAGCGGUAGAUGGAAUGCAGUCGUGACUCUCAAAUGGCACCCUAUUCCCGACAUAGUGCACUACUUUUGACCAGAGCCAUCAGCCCAGUGGGUCAAAAAUAGUGCACUAUAUAGCCAAUGGGGCGCAAUUUGGGUCACAUAUUCAAAAUGUGUGGUUAACUAAUAGUCAGUAGGCUAGGCCCUAAUGGGCUCCAGACCUGCUUGUUUAGGGGUCAGUUGCUGUGUAAUCAUUAAAGAGUCUGGAGGGAGCAGACAGCAUCCCUGCGUCUCAAUAAUCUGGCCUUUCUCCUGCAGUUAAAAGCAUUGGAUUGGUCUGAGCAUGUGUUAGACUGCUAUAUUUCUUAAAAUUGACAUAUUAUUGGGACACACAGCAAGAAGGGUUAACCAGAUGGGAGAAAUGACAGAUUAUUGGGAGACAGGGCAAGAGGGAUUAACCAGAUAGCUGAAAGGACAGAUCAUUAGGAGACAGGGCAAGAGGGGUUAACCAGAUAGCUGAAAUGACAGAUCAUUAGGAGACAGGGCAAGAGGGGUUAACCAGAUAGCUGAAAGGACAGAUCAUUAGGAGACAAGGCAAGAGGGGUUAACCAGAUAGCUGAAAGGACAGAUCAUUAGGAGACAAGGCAAGAGGGGUUAACCAGACAGCUGGAAGGACAGAUCAUUAGGAGACAAGGCAAGAGGGGUUAACCAGACAGCUGGAAGGACAGAUCAUUAGGAGACAAGGCAAGAGGGGUUAACCAGACAGCUGGAAGGACAGAUCAUUAGGAGACAAGGCAAGAGGGGUUAACCAGACAGCUGGAAGGACAGAUCAUUAGGAGACAAGGCAAGAGGGGUUAACCAGACAGCUGGAAGGACAGAUCAUUAGGAGACAAGGCAAGAGGGGUUAACCAGACAGCUGGAAGGACAGAUCAUUAGGAGACAAGGCAAGAGGAGUUAACCAGACAGCUGGAAGGACAGAUCAUUAGGAGACAAGGCAAGAGGGGUUAACCAGACAGCUGGAAGGACAGAUCAUUAGGAGACAAGGCAAGAGAGGUUAACCAGAUAGCUGGAAGGACAGAUCAUUAGGAGACAAGGCAAGAGGGGUUAACCAGACAGCUGGAAGGACAGAUCAUUAGGAGACAAGGCAAGAGGGGUUAACCAGACAGCUGGAAGGACAGAUCAUUAGGAGACAAGGCAAGAGGGGUUAACCAGACAGCUGGAAGGACAGAUCAUUAGGAGACAAGGCAAGAGGGGUUAACCAGACAGAAAGUCUGGUUUUGGUUUAGAAUAUUGAAUGAUUUAGAGCAGAGAACAGAUGUGGGGUGGACAAGAGCAGGAAACUGACUCUGUUGAAUCAGGAGGAUAUCAGAUACAAUAAAACACUCUUCUGAUCGACGGACAUUUCUGUUGUUCGGGGUUUGCAUUUAUCUCUGAAAUAAAGCACUGAAAUGAAUAACUAGAUAAUAAAUGUUAGGUUUAGCAAUGUGACACGAUAAAGGGCCAGACGGAGAAGAGUAGGGUUUGGUUCACGUCAUGUUAUUACAUAAUAAUAACAUGUUUACGCUAAACUGAAACACUGGUUAAACAAUGAACUGUACUGAAGUUGUACUUGAACAUUUAGCAUUGAGAUAAUGUGUAAAGUACAGUCAGCUAUCCUUUAAACGAAGUACAAGGCCUUAUCAACCUACUACACUGUGUCCAGGAAUAGAAGAACGAAGAAGUGGAUUCUAACUAUCCGUUGUUCUUAAUGUGAUGUUUUUAUUUGGUUACUUAUUUUACGUGAUCUUAUCAUUCUGGGUGUUAUUUUAGUUUGCUAGUGGAAUUAAAUCAUUGAUAAAGUAGAAUAAUAUGGAAGACAUCAAAACUAUGAAAUGAAAAGUGUUAAACUAAUCAGAAUAGAUUUUAAUAUUUGAUAUUCUUCAAAAUAGCCACCUCUUGCCUUGAUGACAGCUUGCACACGCUUGGCAUUCUCUCAACCAGCUUCAUGACGUAGUCACCUGGAAUGCAUUUCAAUUAACAGGUGUGUCUUGUUAAAAGAUCAUUUGUGGAAUUUCUUUCCUUAAUGCGUUUGAACCAAUCAGUUGUGUUGUGACAAGGUAGGGGAGUAUACAGAAGACAGCCCUAUUUGGUAAAAGACCAAGUCCAUAUUAUGGCAAAAACAGCUUAAAUAAGCAAAGAGAAAUGACAGUUCAUCGUUACUUUAAGACAUGAAUGUCAGUCAAUGUGAAACAUUUCAAGAAAUGUGAAUGUUUCUUCAAGUGCAGUCGCAAAAACACUAAGCACUAUGAUGAAACUGUCUCUCAGGUGAACCGCCACAGGAAAGGAAGACCCAGAGUUACCGCUGCUGCAGAGAAUAUGUUUGUUAAAGUUAACUGCACCUCAGAUUGUAGCCCAAAUAAAUGUUUCAAAGAGUUCAAGCAACAGACACAUCUCAACAUCAACUGUUCAGAGGAGACUGAAUCAGGCCUUCAUGUUCAAAUUGCUGCAACAAAGAAACCACUACUAAAGGACAGCAAUAAUAAGAAGAGCCUUGCUUGGGUCAAGAAACAUGAGCAAUGGACAUUAGACUGGUGGAAAUCUGUCCUCUGGUCUGGGAAGUCCAAAUUUGAGAUUUUUGGUUCCAACCGCCGUGGCUUUGUGAGACGCAGAGUAGGUGAACAGAUGAUCUCCGCAUGUGUGGUUCCCACCAUGAAGCAUAGAGGAGGUGUGGGGGUGCUUUGCUGGUGACACUGUCAGUGAUUUAUUUAGAAUUCAAGGCACACUUAACCAGCAUGGCUACCACAGCAUUCUGCAGUGAUAAGCCAUCCCAUCUGGUUUGCGCUUAGUGGGACUAUCAUUUAUUUUUCAACAGGACAAUGACCCAACACACCUCCAGGCUGUGUAAGGGCUAUUCGACCAAGAAGGAGAGUGAUGGUGCUGCAUCAGAUGACAUAGCAUCCACAAGCUGUCAUCAAGGCAAAGGGUGGCUACUUUGAAGAAUCUCAAAUAUAUUUUCAUGUAACACUUUUUUGGUUACUACAUGAUUCCAUAUGUGUUAUUUUAUAGAUUUGAUGACUUCACUAUUAUCCUACAAUGUAGAAAAUAGUAAAAAUGAAGAAAACCCCUUGAAUGUGUAGGUGUGUCCAAGCCUUUGACUGGUACUGUAUAUUCAAGAUCUAAGGGAAGUGCUGAGUUAAAACCUUUUGAAAAGUCAGUUAUUGUAUUCCCUCUUCACUCCGCUCACAGAUAGGAAUGCAAUAUUAUGAUUUGAGUUUGUGCCUACUGCCUAGAUGUUCUGUAUAAAGUGCUGAAUAAAGUCAAAAACCCAUUCAUGCAGACAUAAGAACAUCAAUCAGCCUUUUAAGUAGGAGUUUUAGUCUCAGUCAGUUACCUUGUGGAAAAAUAGGAUUUAUUUAUUGUUGUUCAGGAGGAAAAGUAGAGUACUUUUGUUCAGCCUUUACAUUUGUGCCAAAAAUGCAGACUUUGUGUGUCAUUAUACAGAUAUAACUACAUUCCAUAUGUUGUUGUUGUUGAUGUCCAUAUUUUGCAUGAUAAAAUCCCGGCCAUACAUUUACUUGGUCUUCCUUAAAAUGUAGAACCCCCAACAGUUCUAGAACCAGUAACAGUUCUAGAGCUACAAACUGUUCUAGAGCUACAAACUGUUCUAGAGCUACCAACAGUUCUAGAGCUACAAACUGUUCUAGAGCUACAAACUGUUCUAGAGCUACCAACAGUUCUAGAACUACAAAUUGUUAUUGAGCUACCAACAGUUCUAGACCUACAAAUUAUUCUAGAGCUACAAACUGUUCUAGAGCUACCAACUGUUCUAGAGCUACCAACUGUUCUAGAACUACAAACUGUUCUUGAGCUACCAACAGUUCUAGAACUACAAACUUCUUGAGCUACCAACAGUUCUAGACCUACAAAUUAUUCUAGAGCUACAAACUGUUCUAGAGCUACCAACGGUUCUAGAGCUACCAACUGUUCUAGAACUACAAACUGUUCUUGAGCUACCAACAGUUCUAGAACUACAAACUUCUUGAGCUACCAACAGUUCUAGAGCUACAAAUUGUUCUAGAGCUAUCAAAGGUUCUACAGCUACAAACUGUUCUAGAGCUACCAACAGUUCUAGAGCCAUAAACAGUUAUAGUUACAAACUGUUCUAGAGCUACCAACGGUUCUAGAGCUACCAACUGUUCUAGAACUACAAACUGUUCUUGAGCUACCAACAGUUCUAGAACUACAAACUUCUUGAGCUACCAACAGUUCUAGAGCUACAAAUUGUUCUAGAGCUAUCAAAGGUUCUACAGCUACAAACUGUUCUAGAGCUACCAACAGUUCUAGAGCCAUAAACAGUUAUAGUUACAAACUGUUCUAGAGCUACAGUACCACUCGUUCAAGAACUCCCAACCAUUCUAGAAUGAUUUCCUUCUAGCCAACAGAGGCAAUAGAAAGGUACAUACUGCACAUUAUGAUUGUUUUUUUGUUUGCAGAGAGAAAAUGACAAAAAAUGGCAAAAUGACAAACCAUAAGCUUCCCGAAAUGUUAUUUAUCUUUCUAUGUGUUAUAUACUGAUAUGCUUCUGGUAUUCAUUUGUUUCUCAUGUUCAUUUUAAAAACAUGGUUUUAUGUCACAUGACCACUGUCUUUUGUAAAUACAAUGAAUCAAUUGUGAAAUGUAUUAAAAUAUUUAAAAACUUGA